UAAAACCCCAAAAAGAAACAAAUGUACGCUAAUAAUUGGAGAGCUUGCACUGUAUUUGCAGCAAUGGCGCCAGUAUCAUCGUCUUCGUAUUACAUCACUCAACAUGCCAACCACAUCUUCUCUCUCUUCACCCAUUCAUGGCGGAAAAUUCUCCUCCCUUCAUCACUUCAGAUGAUGAACACAACACUUAUGUUUUGCUUGAGACCAAAGGAGAAGAUUGUGUGUUGUACACUAGAGAUGGAACAGUGGAUUACCUCAACAGCCCAGCUAACAAGUUAAAAACAGGAAACUGGAAAGCAUGCUUCUUUGUAGUUGCAACUGCAAGUCUUGAAAGAUUGGCGUUUUUUGGGAUGAGUUCAAAUUUGUUGCUGUAUUUUAAGCUUGAACUCAAUCAACACAGUGCUACAGCCUCAAGAAAUUUAUCAAAUUGGACUGGGGCUUGCUACAUUGCCCCAUUAUUUGGAGCAUUUGUUGCUGAUGGUUAUAUUGGAAAAUAUUGGACAAUUGCAACCUCUUCUAUCUUGUAUGCCAUUGGGAUGACAUUGUUGACAUUAUCAGCUACAAUGCCUCAACUAAUGCCAACAUGCUCCAAAACAAACAUUUGUGAUGCAACAAAAGCUGAAACGAUAGUGUGCUUCACAGCGCUUUACUUGGUAGCAGUUGCAAGUGGAGGAAUCAAGGCAUGUGUGUCGGCUUAUGGAGCAGAUCAAUUUGAUGAUAAUGACAAGGCUGAAAAAAAGCUCAAGAGUUCUUUUUUUAAUUGGUAUUAUCAGAUGAUGAAUAUUGGUACCCUUGUUGCUCGUUCUUUGAUAGUAUGGGUACAAGAUAAUGUGGGUUGGGAUUGGGGGUUUGGGAUUCCUACUUUAGCCAUGGGAAUGGCUGUAUUUUGUUUCUUUUCUGGUACUUGGUUUUAUAGGAACCAUAAACCCAAAGGUAGCCCUUUCACACGUUUCUUCCAAGUAGUUGUUGCUUCUUUUAGAAAGAAAAGAAUCAACAUCCCACCGGAUUCAUCGCUUUUGUACGAGAUUCAUGAUCAUGCUAAUUCUACAACCAAACUUAAUCAUACAAGAAAUUUCAGAUUCUUAGACAAAGCGGCAGUGGAGCUCCCCACGGAUCACACAAAAGGAUCAACGAACCCAUGGACUCUUUGCACGGUUACCCAAGUUGAAGAACUGAAAACCGUAUUACGUCUGCUACCAAUCUGGAUCACGGGCAUCAUAUUCAGCACCAUACGUGGCCAAAUGGACAAUCUAUUCGUCCUACAAGGCUCUUUCAUGGACACCCAAAUCCCCAACACAAGUUUCAAAAUCCCACCAGCCUCACUAGGUACAUUUGGUACCCUAAGUGUCAUAAUCUGGGUCCCACUAUAUGACCAAAUCAUUGUCCCACUUGCCCGAAAACUCACCGGUCACCCAAACGGACUAACCCUGCUCCAACGAAUAGGAACCGGCCACUUCAUUUCAAUCUUUUCAAUGUUAACAGCCGGAAUCUUGGAACUCAUUAGACUAGACAUUGUUAGAAGACACAAUUACUAUGAAACCAAACCUGUCCCAAUCUCCAUAUUUUGGCAGGUUCCACAGUUUUUAAUUAUUGGGUGUGCGGAAGUGUUCACACUUGUGGGACAGAUGGAGUUUUUUUAUGAGGAAGUGCCUGAUUCAAUGAGGAGUUUGGGGUCAGCUAUGCGACUAAUGACUAUUGCUUUAGGGAGUUAUUUCAGUUCUUUACUUGUGAGUGUUGUUAUAAAAGUGACUACCGAAGGUGGUGGGCCAGGGUGGAUUCCGGAUAAUUUGAAUUAUGGGGAAUUACACAAGUUUUUUUGGCUUUUGGGUGGUUUGAGUGUGGUGAAUCUUGGGGUUUUUGUGGCUGUUGCCAAGUGGCAUACAAGUAAAAACUCAUAUAUCGUGAGAAUGUAAUUCCUUUGUAUUUGUA